CAGAGAUUUUAACAAGAGAUUGAUUAAGUGACACUGUAACAACUAAAUGCACUGAAAUUAAAUACUGUACCUGGUUGAAAAACCAAAUAAAUUGUAAUGUGGAAUUGUAAAAAGGCCUUUAGCCAAGAUACAUUGCAAAUAACUGUACAGAGAUAGCCCAACAUAACUUGCCAGUGGGCCAGUCAGAAGUGCUUUUUUUUUCAGAACUCUCUGUAUCCACAGAUAGGAUAUGGAUACUUGGGCAACUUCUGCAGCAACACAAUCAACACCAGCACAAUGGGACUAUGUGCAGAAUCAAGUGGACACAUUUGUAGAUCAACAUAAAGAUGGAAAACAACAAGAGCCUCAGAGAUCUGGAAUAUCUAAGCACCAUUGGAUUAGUGUAGAUGUGCGGUUGAAUUGUGUGAAUCAAAAGUGUCGGAAGAACUUUACAAUCACUCAACGGAAGCAUCACUGUAGGAAAUGUGGUGAGGUGUUCUGCAAAGCAUGUGUGCGAUACCAGAGGAGGCUAUCGGCAAGAGCUGAUUAUGACCCAAAUGGACGGUUGCAUCAGGUAUGUGAAGAUUGCUUCAACUCUGAACCCCAGGAUGUGGGUCAGCGACGCUUAUGGACUGAUUGUUUUAAGAGAUGUCGUCAAGACAACCAGCAACAAGAACUGGAUGCUGGACAACUUCAAAUUGGCAUUCGAAAAAGUCAUCAGAUAAAACGUGAAAUGAAUCGAUUGAUUGAUGGGUAUACAGGGAGCCUGCAAAAGGAAGCUGUUGAUGGUAAAAAAAAACUCUCAAACUUGAAAGAUAAAGUGCAAGGAUUGAUCACUAAAAGUGAAGUACCUUUAUGGCAGAAAGCCAAAAGCUGGACGAUCAAGGAGCAAAAGCAGUCAUGUAUGACUUGUGAGGAAAGUUUCAACCGUCACCUUGCCAACCAGAAGCACAACUGCCGAGUCUGCGGUCUCCUCACCUGCAACCGUUGCUCAUCUCGUGAUCUGCUUUUGUUUGUUGCUGACAAACACGAGCGGGAAAAGUUUGGUGAUGUGCCACAUUGGGCAGUGAUCAAGGUUACUGGAUGUCCAGCAGUUGAACCAGAUGUUCAUCAUUAUUUACGUGUUUGCAAUUUCUGCAAGAAAAUCUUAGAACACAUUCAGGUGGAGGAAGCUCAGAAGGCGGAACAGCAGGAACUGCUGUUGGAGUCUAUGACAAAGCUGUUGUUUGUUCAUAAACACAUAAGUGAAGUACAGUCCAAGAUCGAUGACCAGCUCCCAGUUUACAAGCAGUUAGUAGAUGGAUUGGAAAUUACGUCUUCUAGCCCACGUACUCUGCCAACCAACCGUAGCAACAUGCAGACAUUGGCAAAAGCACAGGGAGAUCUGAUGGACCACUUUACAAAGUUUGUGAUGUGUGUAAGCGGUCUGAAAAAAUUUAGUCCGUCAAGCAAUGUGCAAGUUAAACUUGCACGCAACAUUAUGAAGUGUAAAUUUGAUUAUUACCAUGACAAUAUGUAUUCCUUCCGGAAGCUUAAAAAACAAUUGGAAGAUGUUGCACCGCCAAAAAUACUAUCAGGCAUACAAGAAAUUGUGGAUGCUAAGACAAUAGAGGUCGCCUGUUUAUCCAUAACACAGGUAGCGUAUGAAACAUUGCAUUUAUGUAUAAAAUACAGUAUUGAUGAGACGCUAGCAAGCAAUAUCAUACAAACUUCUGAGUUAUGUAAGGCGGAGUUAAGAGAUCACAUGCAGAAGAAAGGCGAAAAUUGGGAGCAGUGUAGUCAACAUAUGGAGAAAUUCAUAAAAAUGCAAAUGAAGGGUGAUGGUGUAGAAAAGCGGCAGUUGUACUUGCGGCCCUCUCGUAGGUUGGCUGCAGCCUAUGGAUCUGCAUACAUCACCGCAUUUUUAACUGAGCGUAUUGGAUACCUUGCACUGCAGAUCUACCUACAGCUCACUUCACGAAGUAUUGACAGAAGGUUCAAAGGAUCGAAAAAAGCUCUCUUGUCUCUUCGUGAAGUGCUUGCUCAAGACCAGAAAGUAACACUUAAAAGUUCAUAAAAUAUUUUUUGAUUAAUGAAAACAAUUAUAUAUAUAUAUAUAUAUAUAUAUAUAUAUACUGAACGCGAAAUUGGCUUGAUUUUGGGUGAUAGGAUUAUACCCUGGGAUUCCCUAGUGCAUGAGCAGAAUGAAAAUGAUGAUCGUUUUGCCGAUGUGGCAGAAGCAUUAAAACAACUGCCCUAAGAUUCAAUGGCCAUACAAAACUAUAUUCUGCUGAAGAAAUCAGAGUUUAUUUGAACAUCAAAGGGAAGGGAACACCCUAAUUAGUAGGCCUAAGCGCCUACCUAGAAAGACCAUAUCUUGGUCUUACCUCGAGCUAGGCCAGCCUUUGCCUAAACUUUCUUCACGUCGUAGGUUAUUUUUUUGCCCAUCAACAACCAAUCCAACCAAUCACCCAUUGCAUGUGAAGAUGCACAGCUCACUUGUAAUGCAUGAUGUUACAAGUUAUUUUUAGCAACGAGAGUCUCUGAGUCUUCAUGCUGGGAACUAACAAUCCGAUCAGCCCACUGUGUUGCCUAUUUUUAGCCGCAGUUAGCGAUCUUGUUUAUUUUAGCGACAGUAAACAACAAGAAUUUACAAGAAUGGGCUCUGUGUUCAACUUUACGGCGACCAAUUUCUGGUCUAAUCAUUUGGAAGAGUUUCAAGUCUGCCGAAUUCGGAGCCAAAUCCUAGACCUAGGCCUACUCACCUAAAUUAUACCUUGGGACUUUGCCCAUGGAAAUGCUUGUACGCGGAGUUGGGCGUAAAGUCAGAGGUGGGAUUAUACCCGAGGUGGGACUAUCCCCAAGGAACUACGGUAUAUAUAAUUUCAUAUAAUUUUUAUAUAUUGAAUUUCAAUCAUCUUAUUUUAAUGAUUGGUCAUAUCAGAAAUGAAAGAAUUUUCUAUAUAAUAUAUUUUUAAUACUGAAUACAUUCCAAUUUUAUAAAUACAGACAACUGCAAUUUUAAGUACUUAUUUUAUAAAUUUUAUGCUGUAUAUUUGUUAUAUGAAACUUUAAAAAAUAAUACUAUAUGAUAUAUGUAUGCUAAUAGAGAGGUUUCGCACGCGAACAAAUACGUGUACUCAUACGUUUAGCUAUUCAUAACGGUUCGUAGCCAUUCUGUGAUUUUCGCAAUCACAGCAUAGCCUAGGGCUUACUAUACUCUGUUCUCUUCUCUCGUUAUGCUUUUUUUUUUAGUAUAUGUAAGGUUUUGGAAAUUCAAAUUGAAAAUUGUAGCCGAAAAAUACUACCUUGUUGCCCAGAAAUGUCUGUUAUUUCCUGACACCACCAAGGUCAAAGCACCGACGUUUUGAAACCCCAAAAUGAGGCGCAUCCUAUCGUAAUGUGCUGUCUUCAAAUGUCACAAAAAUGGCACGUACAGUACGUAUUCAAAGAUACAUUUUUUUUUUUACACUUAAUGUAAAAUGUGAAAAAAUAAACGAAGAUCCUACUAGAAAUCCAAAAUUUUCCUACUCGUUUUUCACUUACCUGUAGUGAGUGAGAUAUGCGUGUCGUCCACACGUUUAGCGGAUAGCAGCCAGCGUAUGACGUCAAAAUGAUGACGUAUCCGUCACACUAACUGUAUGCGUUAGCGAGCGAAACCUUCCUAAUGUUAAAUUUCUAACACAUGUAAACAUAACAGAGGAUGUAGUUUUGUGGUUGAGUCAUCCACCUUUCUAUCUCAAGUCAUUACUGUAGUUGAAAUCCAGUGAAUGCUCUGUUCAGAUGGGUCUUUCAAUGCAAUUUAUUUCCCAAACACCAACUUAUAGGCCUAUAUAAUAUGAGGCUUGCCAUCCCAAAACCAGAGCUGGUCAUGCUGUCAUUAAAUGUUAACUGAGUAAUUAGCAUAACUUUUACUGAUAACUUUAGCAAUAGUAGUUCAGUAAAAGUUAAUUACAGAAAGAUGACCUAUCAUUUUCUAGCUUAAAGUGUAGAAAAUAUGAAUAUAUUAAUAGGUCAAUUUUCUUGUCACUGAUGCUGGAUUUGGCAUGGCAAGCCCCAAGUGACGCUAUUUUGUGGUUUUUCCUAGUUAAGGAAAUGAUGUUUUCAUAUCAUGUCCAUACAUGAGCAAAUUGCAGGUAUUUGUCACAUGAAAUUUUAUAAUGUGAACAGCCAUUAAUUUACAAAAAAAAAACAAAAAAAAAAAAACAAUUACUUAGACUAAUAUAAUUAAAGCGUUAUGUUUUCAUUAUCUUUAGGCAGAUAUGGACGAUUAAACCCACCUGGGAAAACUUUAUUUAGUGCUGUAACAUGAAAUCAAAUAUUUUGCCCUGCUACCACCUGCCUUGGCUUUUGAACAGUAGUCAUGGCUAUUUUGGGCACAUUACAAAAAUCUGAUGGUGUAAAUUUGUAUCAUCAUAUAGAUCUUUAAGCUGUCUGAAAAAAUGUUUCACAUUUUCUUCAUUAAAAUUUUUGGCUCUAGCCAAAAUUGUUACCUCCGUUUUCCUGAGUGACAGCCUUGGGUGUCUUUUUAAAAAUAAUGUGAACCAAUCUGGCCCAGCCAUACUUGUGGGGCUCCAGGAUUGUGGUGCAUUUAUGUUGAAGCACAGAGGUACACUGGAACGCUAGACGACUUACUUCCUUUGGACAAAGUGCAAAAUAAAUUUCUGGUGCUCUGCAAA